AUGGGGGAGGAGUCCGCCAGCGGUGGCACGGGCGGGAGGUUUGGCAGCUGGGCCAUCAUUGUGACCGGCGUGGCUGCUCUGGUGGCCAGCCUGCUUACCGUCGUCUCUGUCUGGCUGCAAACGAAAAACUAUCGGAAGCCGUUGCUGCAGAGAUAUGUGGUGCGAAUACUGUUGAUGGUGCCCAUCUUCUCGGCAGCAUCAUGGGCCAGCCUGAUAUCGUUGAAGGCCGCCUUCUGGAUAGACCCGUUCCGUGAUGUCUACGAGGCCUUCACCAUUUACACUUUCUUCCAGCUCCUCCUCAACUUUAUCGGCGGUGAGCGUGCCCUCAUCAUAUUGAUGCACGGCCGUGCCCCCGUCCCCCACUUAUGGCCCCUCAACUACGUGCUGCCGAAAAUCGACAUCUCAGACCCCCAUACCUUCCUUGCCAUCAAGCGUGGGAUACUGCAGUACACAUGGGUAAAACCUAUACUCGCCAUUGCCACCAUCAUCAUGAAGGCAACCGGCACGUACCAGGAGGGCUACAUCGGCAUCACGUCAGGCUACUUCUGGAGCAGUCUCAUUUACAACGUCAGCAUCACAGUCUGCCUGUACGCUCUGGCCGUGUUCUGGGUCUGCAUGUCACAUGAUCUGAAACCCUUCCGUCCCAUGCCAAAAUUCUUGUGCAUCAAGGGUAUCAUCUUCGCUUCUUACUGGCAGGGUUUUUUCUUGUCCAUCCUGGUCUGGCUUGGCGCCCUUCCAGACGAUGUCCCGGGCUAUACGCCUGACAACCUGGCAGCAUCCAUUCAAGAUGCCCUCAUUUGCUUUGAGAUGCCCAUUUUCGCCAUCGCUCACUGGUACGCCUUCUCGUGGCACGACUAUGCUGACCGCACGAUAUCUGCCGCGAGAAUGCCCGUCAAGUAUGCUCUGCGGGACGCCUUUGGUGCCGUGGACCUCAUCCAGGACACCAAGGAUACCUUCGCUGGGAAGCAUUAUGAGUAUCGCUACUUUGACGCCCGUGACAACGUGCUUGCCCACGAGGAAUCGGCUUCUCGUGUUGCUCGGAUGAUGGAAGGCAUGCGCUAUGAGAGAGGCGGCAAAGGAAAGUACUGGAUUCCGAAGCCCGGAAGCGACAGCAGGACGCCUCUGCUCGGUAGCGUCACGUCGUCUAGUCGGGCGAGAGGGAUGAGUCCGGGUGCUCACAGAGCCCUUGAAGCAGCACAAAAGUACGGUUCCACGGAAGACGACAUGGAAGAUCCAGAGCUCAACCCCGAAGACGAGCGCCUCUUCACAAAUGCCAGGGCUUUAGAAUUCGGUGACUGGAACUAUCCGGUGAUACCAGCACACUAUGCAUCGCGUGAAGACCGACUCUAUCAUACCCCAAAGAUGAUCACGGCGUCAACUAACCGGAAUCUCCUUCAACCAACAAAAGAAAACAAGCGGCGCCGUAGGAGCCAGAUCCAGGAUGUGAAGGAGCAGGUUAUCAAGGGAAAGCACCGCGACAGCACUACCAGCAACGGUACAGGCCAGUCGUCGAGCUCCAAAUCGCGCGCAGGCAAACUACGACGACAGGAUACCUCAUCAUCCACCACUUCGGUGAAGUCAGCUAAGUCGGGCCGGAGUCAACUCGUAGACCUGGUUGUCGAGGACCAUGAUGCGGAAGAUGUGGAACGCGUAAGAGCCCGUAAGGAGGGUGGACCUGGCUGGAACGCAGCGGAGCCUAAGCACUUUGUGCACACGUAUCCAGAGGGUGACCAGGAGGAAGAGGUUCGAGAGGGCUUUGAUCCGGACCACCCACAGCCGAACCAACCGGAGAGAGAGCACAACCUAGAUGCACCCUUCACGGUUGAAGAGGGCGAGGAAGCGGCGGCCCGGACUGACGAGACGCGUCUUGAAUCGGAGGAGGCUACGCAGUGGCAAAGGCGCGAUCUCAACGAGGACAACGACCGUCCUCUGGCGAGCCCGCAUUACGGUAGCUUCCGGGAAGAGCGCAGCAUCUGGAGCACUAGGGAUGAUUAG